AUGGAGGCCAAGCUGAUGCCUGCAGAGGUUGAGGUUGAACGCGCAGAAACCAUCGCGGAGCCCUUGCUCAACUUCGCAGAGGCAGCUCUGGCUGCGGGUCAAGCUGCCGCAGAAGCGACCGCGACGCCCAAAGCGAAAGCAAAGACCAAGGAGAAGGAAUCAUCGAAGCCGGCCAAGAAAAAGGGUGAGAAGCACGAGCUUCCAACCGCUGAGGUGGUGGCGCUGGCAGCAAAACACGCAGCAGAAGCAGCCGUGAACCUUCAGGGAGUGCAGAAGCUGCUGGACCAGAAGCGAAGCAACCAGAAAGUCUUGUUCUCCACGCCCAUGAAGAAGGUGCUGGAGAAGGUGGAAACGCGCAUCAAAACCGCCCAGAAGAAGCUGGAUCGCAUCAAGAUCGCUCAGAAGGAGUUGCGCGAAAGGGAGACAAGCACGGCUUUGGUCAGUGAUGUGGCCGAGAAGAUGGACUCCGUCGCGAAGGCGAUAAAGGAAGCGAAGACGGCAGUGGAUGAGGCGCAGGGAGAAGAGGAGGAGGCUUUGAAGACUGCUGGCAGGGCCGCAGCAUUGGCAAAGGUUGCUAUCUCCAUGAAACUGCUGGAGGUGAAGCGCUUCACUGCUGAGGCAGGAAUCCAGGCGCAGCGAAGCUUACAGGAGCACCAGCAGACCCUGCAAGGAUCGCUCGCAGAGAUCGAAGUUCUGAAGAAGAAGGCAGCGGAGCAGAAAGAGGUGUCGAAGCGGAAGGAGGCCAACCGCAAGGUUGCUGAAGCGGAGGCUCUUGCGGAGAAGGCCGACCAAACAUCUGCACCCAUCUUUGACGAUGAGAAGCUAGCCACCAUGUCCGCCCUGGACAUCCGGCAAGCCGGAGAUGUGAACCAAAAGGCCUACAAGGAGACGAUCGAUGCUGUCAACCAAGCGCAGCGCAUGAUCACGAUGCUUCAGAUAGAAGCCAAGAACAAGGAGAACGCAGCCGAGCUAGCGGCAGAGUAUGCCAAGCUACAGGCCCGGCUUCGCCAGGCAGAAGCCAACGUCUCGCACUGCGCCUCCCUGCCGGAGCCCGUGCAGAAGCAGCUAGUCCUCAAAGGAUUCAUCGAUGAGGUGGAGUCGAAAGUGAAAGCCGCAGAGGGAAAGGUGGAGACCGCAGAGCAGCUGGGAAAGGAGGCAGAGGAGAAGCCUCUUCCGGAGCAGGAGGAGCCAGCAGUGCCCCAGGUCCAGAAGGCAACAGCAGCGAAAUCGGCACCAUGGUCGAAGGGCAAGGGUGGAGGCAAACGUGACGAGAAGGAAGUGGUCUUAGGGCCCGUGGACAAGGCCAAGGCUGCCAUGGAGGUCGCCAAGAUGGACCUGAAGCUGGCUUUGCGCUUCUUGGAGGCCCACACCCAGCAAGGCAAGCUGCCGGAGGAGGAAGCGGCCGACCUUCGCGAACGCAUCGAGGUGGCCAGGACACGGCUUGAUGUGGUUUCGGCUUCGGUGGAACGUGCCGCAGAAAAGAAGGGCAUCUUGCAACUGCUGGGUGAUGCUGACAAGAAGGUUCUGGAGGCCGAGAAGGCAGUGGAAGCGGCUGCGGACUUGGCAGCUCCACUCCAGGAGCUCAUGGCCGGUGAGGACAAGAAGCCAGGCAAAUCAUCCGGUGAAAAGACGACUGAUGAUGGCAAGGCUGAUGAUGGGGAAAAGAAUGAAGCCGACGACACCAAGGAAGAGGAGAAAGUGAAAGACGAAGAGAUCAAAGCCGAAGAGGACGGAGAGGAAGCGGCGGCGUCGCCCCUGGAGGAAGCUCUUGCGGCGAUGAAUGCCACAGCGCAGGCGGCGAGCCGGCAACUGAGCAAUGCUAAGACAACACUGGCCGUGAAGCGAAUCUCGGCAAAGCGCUUGCCAGGAAAUGCGCCAGCUGCGUGCUUGGAGCAGCUGGAUGCGCUUCAAAAGCGCUUGGAUGCGGCCAUGCGGCGAUUAGCUGAGGUCCGCAGAGGAAGCACUGACAGGCAGUAUGCCAAGGCAAGAAAGGCCAUGGCUCAAAGUAUCGAGCUGGCGGAAGCCAAGGUUGAAGCCUCGAAGGAAGCCUUUCAGGCCUUGAUGGACCUGGCUGAGGAUUCCGAGCCCCUGCAGAUGCAGUCCGUCCUCUCAAAAGCUGCCGCAGCACAGACAGAGGCCACGACGGCUAUCCAAGCUGCCCGAGUCCCUUUGGUCGAGCGGUUGCAGAAGGCCAAGGCCGAUGGAGUGACAACAGACACCUCCGAGGUUCUGAAGGAGUUUCAGGAGAUGUUUGCGAAGCUCGCGCCCCUGCAGACCAAGCUGGACGAGCAGAGGAAAGAUGCAAACGACAAAGAACACCGCUUCGUAGCGACUUGCCUGAUGCAGGAAGCAAGCGAGAUGUUCAAAGUACUCGAUGCCAAGUUGGAGAAGCUCCACGAAGCUGCAACGAUGUUCACUGCUAGCGGUGGGCAGGAGUUGCAGGCACUGGUUCGCCUGGGCCACUUGCUAGAAGUGUUGCGACGGCAUGCAGCGGCAACUUCCAAGACUCCUUCGGCGCUUUUUGCAGAACUGGCCAAAGCUUCUGGAGAGACCGACGGCUGCGACCAUUUGAUGCCGGCAGGAAUCGUGACGGCCCUGAAGUCUUUGCAGCCAGAGCUGCCGGACUUGUCGGACCUUCUCGGUACCGAGGAGGAGCAAGAGCUUCUCCCAGCUGCAGUUGCGCAGAUGGACGUCGAGGCCUCUGCAGAGGACUCCGGCAUCUCCCCGGAGAAGUUCGAAGAGCAUAUGAAGCUCUCGUACCUCUGUGUGGCGGUCGUGACGAUGACAUCUGAACGAGAAGUCGGCAGCACGACGGUCCGGAAGCUGGAGGUGAACGAGGUCUUGGAGGCCCUGGGGGUUGCACGACGCGAGCCACAGAGUGGCCUGGUUCGCGUCGAGUGCAAGGCCAAGGACGACGCCCGAGGUUUCGUUACCGUUGCUGGCUCCGGUGGCACUACUUACUUGGAGGUCUACACACCCUUCAUGGCUUGUGUGAGGACGGCAGAAGAGGCCCUUGCAGACUCGUACGAGUCGGUGAGCCAAACUGUGGCCUAUCUCAAGCAGAAGCACGAUGAGCUGCGAAGUACUCGCGGCGCAGCUGCGCUGCAGGACUUGAAGGAGCAGCUCCAGAACCUGAGGGUGCGAGGAACCCGAGCGCAGGUUGCCCACAGCGAUGUGAAGAACAAGGUUGCCGAGGCCAAGAACAGGCACGAACGGCAGCUAGAGGCGCUGAAGAAGAAGCGGCAACAAGCGGAGGAGAAGAUAACUGCUGACACCAUCACAGGCGAGGCAUCCUCCAUGGUGGACGAUCUGAUCGCCAAGGUCACAGCAGCCUGUGCAGAAGCUACCAAUGUGUUGAGCAACUGUACGGGAACGGGUGCGAGCUCAGCCGGUUCGCUGCAGGCGUUAGAACAAGUGGAGAAAGACCUGCAGUCGGCGGUCGAAGCAUGCCAGGAGGGCGAAGCCAAGAUCAUGAAGACCGUCAUGGAGGAGAUCCGGAAUGCCAGCAAGGGACCGCUGUUCGAUGCGAGGAAGGUCAUGUUCAGGCUGAAGGUGAAGCUCUCGCCUCUGCCAAACAACUGCAAAAAGCAUUUGCGGACCAUCGAGGAAAAGAAGAAGGAGGUCUUGGAGGAU